AUGAGGCCCGACGAUAUUGAAAAAAUCCAUGGAUCACCCUCCCUUCACAGCAUGAGCCAACAUGAGCUCACCAACAGCUCCUCAAACGACCCCAUCAAGGACCCCAUCCUCGAACCCAAACCACAAACGAAAUUCCGACGAUGGCUCGCCAGCUUCAAAGGUGUGGAAGCCAGAGGCAUCGAGCCUGUGCCAUUGGAAGAAAGAGAACCAUUGAAUUCAUCUACAUCAUUGCACAUGAUGCUCCUCUGGUUUAGCAUGAGCUUGGCGACAAACAACAUCGUCGUUGGAUCGAUGGGAACGCUGGUGUUAGGGCUGAGUUUCAAGGAUGCAGCUAUUUGCGCGGUACUGGGGAAUCUGGUCGGGACUACGACGAUUGGGUAUAUGAGUACAUGGGGACCACGGAGUGGGAAUCGCACUUUGAUUGUUGCGCGCUACUUCAUGGGGUACUACCCCAGCAAAGUCUGCAUCGCUCUGAAUAUCCUCACCAAUCUUGGAUAUAGCAUGGUCAACUCCGUGACCGGAGGUCAGAUUCUCUCGAGAAUUUCUGGCGGGCACAUUUCCGUGUUGGUGGGUAUUGUCGUGGUUGCCCUCUCGAGCUGGGUAAUGGCCAUGUUUGGAAUGCGCAUCUUCCAGAUCUACGAACGAUUUGCAUGGCUACCCCAAUUGAUGGUUCUCUGCGUGAUGCUUGGCUCCGCAGGCCCUCAGUUCGACUUCACAGUCCACACGCCCGUCUCACGAGGCCGACUCAAUGCCAAACGAGUCACCUUCUUCUCCCUCGCUCUAUCCAUUGCCCUCGCCUGGGCUCCCCUCGCCGCAGACUACUACGUCUACUACCCUCCGCACGUCAAGCGCUGGCGCACCUUCGCCGUGACCGUACUAGGCAGCGCCCAAGCUAUGAUAAUCACUUUACUCCUCGGCAUUGGACUAGGCACAAUGAUGGCCAGCUCGCCAACCUUACUCACCAAGUACGGCUCCACCCCGGGUGGUCUGCUGAUGGCAGCGUAUGAUGCACUCGGAGGGUUCGGCAAAUUCUGCGCGGUGAUCAACGUCCUGGCGCUGGUCACUAAUAACACGCCCGGGGCAUAUUCGAUGGGGAUGAAUUUCCAGAUGUUGGGUGGGUUCUUCUGGCGUGUUCCCCGGUCUAUCUUUACUACUCUGGCGACUGUCAUUUAUACUGCGUGUGCGAUGGGAGGCCGCAAUUCCUUGUACGAGGUGUUCAAGGGGUUCCUGCCGCUUAUUGGGUAUUGGGUGAUGAUUUGGUUGGUUGUUGUCAUUGAGGAGGAUGUGUUCUUCCGUCGGUUGAAGGGGUAUGACUGGUCGGCGUGGAAUUCGCCGCAGCGACUGCCCGUGGGGAUUGCGGCGGGCGUGUCGUUUCUAGUUGGGUGGGCGGGGGCGAUUAUUGGAAUGAACCAAGUCUAUUAUCAUGGUCUUCUUACCCAGAUUGCCUCUGGCGCAGACUUGGGCCUGUGGACGGGUGCUGCCUUUACCGCCGUGGUCUUCCCACCACUCAGAGCAAUGGAGCUUUGGUAUUUCAGGCGCUAA